AUGCGAUUCCCACGCUUGAUCCUCAUUGUUUUCUGUUUCAUCUUCUUCCCCAUCUUCGUCACCUUCUUUUCGGCUCUGACAUCAUCACCGAGCCUGGCCACGCCUAGUUCGUUCGCCGGCCGAGCGACUGGCUUGCACGCCCUCUUCUCCUUCAACGUCCCUUCCUCCCUUUUUCCUCCCUCCGCCAUCAUCAGCCUCACCGAUGACAAUUCUACUUUCUUCCUGGCCAGACCCGCCGCGUUUGGCCCCCUCCUGCCCGAGAAGGGCCUCAGCGGCCAACUAUGGGUCGGCAGUGGUUUCGGUGAGAGGACCGCGGCUGGAGCCGAAGGUGAACUAGGCUGUUCGGAUAUCCCUGGGUGGGGCGAGGGUGAAACCCAUCACAAGCAAGAUAAGACGAUGACGACGAACCCCGAUAGCCCGAUCGGGAAAUCUGUGCCUGCCGCGGGAACCGAACCCGCGACCGCGCAGGACUCGCCGCAGGACUCCGAUCCUCAACGGGAUCCCCAUGACGAAGGUUCUCCGGCGACGAAUGACGGCACCGACGAUCAUCUUCACCACCCUCUCCCGGAAUCUCGGGUGGUGGGCGCAGGCGCGCCGAAGCAGCACGGAGACAACCGCCAGACUCGACAAACGGCUCAUGCCGACAUUCAGUCCCUGCAGGAGAGUGCGGAAAUUACCGGCAAGGUGGUCCUGUUGAGUCGGGGUGGAUGCGGUUUCUUGGAGAAGGUCAAGUGGGUGCAACGGCGUGGAGGUAUCGCUUUGAUCGUUGGGGAUGACACCCGGGGAGGCAGUCUCGUCACAAUGUACGCGCGCGGAGAUACUUCGAAUGUGACCAUUCCUGCCUUAUUCACCUCGCACACCACAGCCCAGCUACUGUCGUCUUUGAUUCCUUCCCAGACUGGGGAAGAUUUGGCCCUCGAGGACGGUGCGGGAGCGUCGCGCACGCGACUGACCGGCCAUUACGCUGAAAAGCAGCGACCACCAACGACUACCACUUCGACCGCUAUCACAUCCCCUACGUCCACACCUCAUGUCAUGCCCCAAGAGUCCCAGGCUCCUACGGUACACCAACCGGGGGUCUUCCACGGCCUGAUGUCCUUAUUUGGCCUCGGAAACAACCAUGCUGGCAGUGUAUCGGAGAACAGUCGACGUCCACCCAGUAGUGGAAACAUUAACUGGAUUUCCGUGGACCAUUUCGAUGAUCAGGAGCCGCCCCAGGAUGACGUUGACUAUGGCCAUGGUCGCACGAGCGUCGCCGAUGACCGCAGACGAUCCGAGACCGGUUCCGAUGCCAUGGAUGGCGAUGGGUUUGUCAUCGGCGUGCAGGACUGGCGAGAUCCCGAUCUGAUGUCACCGCGGAGCAGUUCUAUUCCGUCACCGAGCGGCAUCCCGGAGUCGGAGCGCACGAAAUUGCAGUCUGCUGCCGAUGGUAGCUCACGCUCUGUAGCGGCCACCCUGAAAGGCGGCAGCAUCACGCCAGGAAGCGGCGAGUACCGCACCUUCGAACGAUCCACCGUGGACAGGGCGACAUAUGUCCAAGACAACCAGAAACCGGGCUCUGGUAAGACAGGGAGCUCGGUACAGAGCAGAGGCUGGUUUGCGAGACACUUCUCGUGGGCGAAGAACAGGGAGCAGGACUCCAGUCGAUCUUCGACGCAUAACAGCCGAGAAACCCGAAAAUUGCGUGAGCGGGAUGCAGGGGCUACUUCGCAUCCCCAGGGCAUGUCGACCCUCGAGCAUGAGGGCUUGUGGAUUACAUUGACGCCAACGAGCAUGUCUACGAGCCCGUUUUUCGAUACCCUGCUCGUUCUUGUCGUCAGCCCGUUGCUAACGUUGACAAUCGUCUAUGCUCUUCUUUUGCUGCGAUCUCGCAUUCGACGAAGACGUUGGAGAGCCCCGAAAUCGCUUGUCGAUCGACUUCCCGUGAGAACCUACCACACCAUUAGCUCUUCUUCUUCCCCGGCGAGCUCCCGCAGGUCUGCUAGCCCGGGUCCCGUCUCGCCAACAUCUCCCCUGUUAGGUACGAAGGCUCGCUCGGAGAUUGCAAGGGCCUCGGACAAUAAUGCGUCAUCGAAUGUGGAAACCCCGCUUCGGAAAGAACCGCAGUCUUCGUCUACCUUGUGGCGCCGCAAAUACACUGGACGACAGGUUGAGUGUGUUGUCUGCCUGGAGGAAUAUGUCGACGGACAAAGCAGGGUUAUGAGCCUGCCUUGCGGGCAUGAAUUCCAUGCCGAGUGCAUCACCCCUUGGCUGACUACUCGCCGACGUACGUGUCCCAUUUGUAAGGGUGAUGUCGUUCGGUCCAUGUCUCAGAACAAAGGCACCGAACAAGCGGACGAGCAUGAUCAGCACCAACUUGGAUCCCACCAAAGUGCUUCAUCUGCUCCCGUUUUGAUCACUGCGAUCAGCGAAGACGAGAUGUCGGACCCUGAGCGCCACGCCGGGUCAGACACCGGACUUGUCGAAGAGCAUGCUUCGUCGGCGCCCCCGCCAGGCUGGAGAAAUUAUGCCGCUCUCAGCUUUUCCGCCCUCAGUGGCGAUACGAUCUGGCAUCCAAACCGGAAUGAAAACGAUAGAUAG